GUCUUCCUCCUCCCCCCACCAAAUACCUCAGAGAGCAUAGAACGCCUCGACAGAGACACCGAAAGGGAGACUCGUCGCAGAGUGAGAGAGCAAUGGAGGUGCCCGGAUCGUCGAAGAAGAUGAUAGCGACGCAGGAGGAGAUGGUGAAUGCGAAGGUGCCGUUGCCGUACAGGGACCAGUGCGCCCACCUUCUGAUCCCUCUCAACAAGUGCCGGCAGGGCGAGCUCUACCUCCCCUGGAAGUGCGAGGCAGAGCGCCACGUCUACGAGAAGUGCGAGUACGAGCUCGUCAUGGAGCGGAUGCUCCAGAUGCAGAAGAUCCGGGAGCAGGAGGCCAAGUCCAAGCAGUCCCAGGGCAUCCCCCUCAUCCCUAAGACUGCCAAUGCCUAGUUCCCAGUCUGUUCUUCUCCCCCUUUCUCUCCGGAGAGAAUGGACUUGCCGAAUGCAUUCGUAUUUGCUGCUGGUGAAAUUGGAAGUUGCGAAGCUUCUUUUUUAACUGUUGUCCAGAUGAGUCCAUAGACUGGCAGUUUCCCAUGUUAAUCCUGUUUAGAUUUCAACUACCUUUCAGCUCAUCAAUAAAAAGGAAGAAUCUCUUGACUAUCGAUCAAACGGCAGUGCCCGUCCACUCUUUUAUUGGCAUUUGGCUUCAUAUUU